AAACCCCGUUUCUCUAAAAGGGAAGAAGCGGACCUCGGGACUUUACCUCGCCGCCAUUUUCUAACCUGGGGUGAAAAAAGGAAACCAAGUGAACAGAACCGGGUCAGUAUUCUUCCCUAAUUCGGACCACCAUCACUACAGCGGGUCAGCAUCGUGCACUCAACGUUAGAUCCGCAUGAUGUCUGCAGAUUUGGCCACAGAUCACCUGAACGGGAACGGUACAGAGGAGCCCAUGGAAACCAUGGAAACAAUGGCAACGGAGACCCGCUCUGAACAUUUCCAGGCUCUCCUGGACGCCGGCCUGUCGCAGAAAGUAGCCGAGAGGCUGGACGACCUUUAUGUAGCAGGCCUGGUGGCUCACAGCGACCUGGACGAGCGCGCCCUGGAGGCUCUGAAGGAGUUCAAUGAAGACGGAGCGCUGCAGGUUCUGGUCCAGUUCAAGGAGAGCGACCUGUCCCACGUACAGAAUAAAAGUGCCUUCCUGUGUGGGGUGAUGAAGACGUACCGGCAGCGGGAGAAGCAGGGCACCAAAGUGUCUCCGGCCUCCAAAGGUCCGGACGAGGCGCGGAUCCGGGAGCUGCUGGACAGAACCGGCUACACGCUGGACGUAACCACGGGCCAGAGGAAAUACGGCGGCCCGCCACCAGACGCCGUCUACGCCGGGCCGCAACCCACAGUGGGAACAGAGAUCUUCGUGGGGAAGAUUCCCCGCGAUCUGUUCGAAGACGAGCUGGUUCCUCUCUUCGAGAAGGCUGGGCCCAUCUGGGACCUGCGGCUGAUGAUGGACCCGCUCAGCAGCCUGAACCGCGGCUACGCCUUCGUCACUUUCUGCGCCAAAGACUCCGCCCAAGAGGCGGUGAAGCUGUGCAAUAACUUUGAGAUCCGGCCCGGCAAACACAUCGGCGUCUGCAUAUCUGUGGCCAACAACAGGCUGUUUGUCGGCUCCAUACCCAAGAGCAAAACCAAGGAGCAGAUCGUGGAGGAGUUUUCGAAAGUCACAGAGGGUCUCAGUGAUGUCAUCCUCUACCAUCAACCCGACGACAAGAAGAAGAACCGCGGUUUCUGCUUCCUGGAGUAUGAAGACCACAAAACGGCGGCGCAGGCCCGUCGCCGGCUCAUGAGUGGAAAGGUCAAGGUCUGGGGCAACCUGGUGACGGUGGAGUGGGCCGACCCCAUCGAAGACCCCGACCCGGAGGUUAUGGCGAAAGUUAAGGUCCUGUUUGUGAGGAACCUGGCCAAUGGCGUCACAGAGGAGAUCCUGGAGAAAUCCUUCAGCCAGUUUGGGAAGCUGGAGCGAGUGAAGAAGCUCAAAGACUACGCCUUCGUCCACUUCGAGGAGCGGGACGGCGCCGUGAAGGCGCUGGAAGAGCUGAAUGGGACGGAGCUAGAGGGAGAACCCAUCGAAAUAGUUUUUGCCAAACCGCCUGAUCAGAAAAGGAAGGAGAGGAAAGCCCAGAGACAAGCUGCCAAGUCCCAAAUGUAUGAUGAUUAUUACUACUACUCGCCGCAGCCCCACAUGCCCCCCCCUACCAGGGGGCGGGGCCGCGGCGGCCGGGGGGGCUACGGCUUCCCUCAGGACUACUACAGCUACGAGGACUACUACGACUACUAUGGCUACGACUACCACAACUACCGCGGCGGCUACGACGACCCCUACUACGGCUACGACGACUUCCAGGCCCCGGGCCGGGGGCGGGGCGGCGCUCGGGGCCUGAGGGGCGGAGCCUCGCCGGUCAGAGGUCGAGGCGGCGCCGGGGCGCCCCGAGGCCGGGCAGGCUUCUCGCAGCGCGGCGUCGGGCCCGGGCCGGGCCGUGGCGGGCGCGGACCAAGAGGAAGCGUGGCGGCACGCGGGCGCGGCGGGCUGGAAAAAGGUCCGGAGGUCGCCGCUGACGAGUCGCUGUGAGGCCGGGCCGGGCGGCGCCCCCUGCUGGAGGGAACAACGGUAAGGUUGGCUGACCCAGAGGAACCUCCGGCGCUGGACGGGAUCCUUCUGGACCGAGCUGCGCCGCCAGCUUGGAGCGAACUCUGGUUUCUCGAUGAUCUGGGAUCCGCGCAGAGCCGUUCCAGCCGACCGCUAACUACCUCAGAGGAGCCAGAGUCCGGACCGGCCCAGGCCUCCGGUUCUGACCCAGAGGACGGGACCCAACGGACCCCUGCGUGGAGUCCAUCAUCAGGCGCCAAGCAGAAGUUAGUCAAACAUGUUUAUCAGAGCCGCCGCGAAUGGACCCGGAUCUCCAUCAGAGCAGCGCAAACGAGAAUAUUUAGCUAAUCUGGCUGAAAUUCAGCGACUAAAAGUUCUGGCUUCUCCCAAAGAAGAUAAAAUUACCCCGAAAUCAUGGCUGGUUUCAUUUACGCCAGAAUAAAAGUAUACGCUGGGGCUAAAAGCGCUAAACGCUGGGGCUAAAAGUGCUAAACGCUGGGCUAAGAGCACUAGACAAUGGGGCUAACAGCGCUAAACGCUGGGCUAAGAGCACUAAACAAUGGGGCUAACAGCACUAAACGAUGGGGCUAAGAGCGCUAAAUGCUGGGGCUCAGAGCGUUAAUCGCUGGGCUAAGAGCACUAAACAAUGGGGCUAACAGCGCUAAAUGCUGGGGCAAACAGCGCUAAACGCUGGGGCUAAGAGCGUUAAACGCUGGGCUAAGAGCACUAAACAAUAUGGCUAAGAGCGCUAAAUGAUGGGCUAAGAGCGCUAAACGCUGGGCUAAGAGCGCUAAACGCUGGGGCAAAGAGUGCUAAACACUGGGGCUAAGAGCGCUAAACGCUGGGCUAAGAGCACUAAGACUCUGGAGCUAAGACGGUGGAGCAAAGAGAGCUGAACGCUGGGGAUAAGAACGCUAAACGCUCCAGCAAGGAACGCUAAAUGCUGGAGCUAAGAGCGCUAAACAUUGUAGCUAAGAACGCUAAGUGCUGGAUCUAAGGUCACUAAACUGGACCUAGGAGCGCUAAGCGCUGGAGCUAAGAGCGCUAAACGAUGUUCAAGUUAGCUAAAGCUAAGAGCUAGCAUGGCUGUUAGCAUCAUGUACUUAUUCAACGUGCUUAAAAAGCAAAUUAUCUGACAUCGUUAUAUUUUUCACCUAAAUGUAAAAUAAAUUUACCAAGUGAAUUAUUUUUAAAUCCGUUUCCUGACAUCAGAAACUGAUCAAAUUUUAACGGAUUUCAACAAAAUCACAGAAAAGCUCCAUUUUCUGAUUUUGAUUUCUGACCCUGAAUGCCUCAUUAGCUCAGCUCUGGAACUGGACCGGUGGUCAGAACCAGGUUGUGGUUCCUGAUGAUCUGGCUCCACUCUGCUGGUUCCUCGGCUGAGGAUGGGGUUGCAGCUUGAAGGUCGUCGGGUUCAUUAGGUUCUGUUCCAGAGCGGUCAUACGACCCAACCCAGAGACUCGGUUCCGAUCCAGAGCCAGAAGCGUUUGGGUCAGAAAGCUGGCCUGGCUCAGAGGUGAAAGGCAUUGUGGGAGAUGUAGUCGAGCACAGGAUCACGUUGCUGCUUUUCUGCCGUUAAACAGAAUCUGGACUGAGGUUCUGGUCGGAUUCUGAGAUGAUGAGCUGCUUUCAGAGAGUUGUGUGUGUGUGUGUGUGUGUGUGUGUGUGUGUGUGUGUGUGUGUGUGUGCGCGCCCCUGCAGAUUAAAUGUUUUCUACUGUACAUGAUAAACUUAUUUUUCUAAUAAACUUGUUAAGUCA